AUGCUCCACGUGUUGACACCCCCUCGGGUCCCCCCUCCAGUACAGGUCCACCCUCCACUUUUGAAUGUGCGUGUCCACCACCCGCCCGAUGCCUCUGUGCAAGUCCAUCGCAUUGACAGCAUCAGCACCGAGGGCACUGGGCCAGGCGCGCAGCACCACCUCAUCCAGCACCCAGCCCAGAGCUCCAUGGGCCAGAAACCUCCCAUGCCCCAUGCCCGGCCCCACACACACAAGCCCCUGGGACGCUGUUUUCAGGAGACCCUGCCCAAGCAAUCUUGCGGGAGCAACCCCCUGCCAGGGCUGACCAAGCAGGAGGAUUGCUGUGGAAGCAUCGGCACCUCUUGGGGGCAGAACAAGUGCCACAAAUGCCCCCACUUGCAGUACACAGGGGUGCAGAAGACAGGCCCGAUCCGAGGGGAACACGGGGGCGAUUGCCCGCAGGGAUACAAGAGACUGAAUAGCACCCACUGCCAGGAUAUUAACGAAUGUGCCAUGCAGGGUGUGUGCCAGAACGGCGAGUGUCUCAACACCCAGGGCAGCUUUCGCUGUGCUUGCAAACCCGGCCACGUGCUGGGCCCAUCCCGUAGCCAGUGUGUCCCGGAGAAGUCGGAGGAGAAGAGCCUGUGUUUCCGGCUGGUGAGCCCGGAGCUCCAGUGCCAGCACCCACUACCCACAAAGCUGACCCGCCAGAUGUGCUGCUGUAGUGUGGGCAAGGCCUGGGGGGCCCGAUGCGAGCGCUGCCCAGCUGAUGGCACAGCUGCCUUCAAGGAGAUUUGCCCAGCAGGGAAGGGCUACCACAUCCUGACAUCUCACCAGACCCUGACCAUCCAGGGAGAGAGUGACUUCACUCUGCACAUCCACCCGGACGGCACCACAGAUCUCCAGCAGCAGCGUGAGCUGCCCAGCCUGCCACCCCUGGAGGAGGACUCACAGGAGGCUGAAGCAGUCACCACAGCCAUGGUGAGUAGGGUCUCCGGAGCAGUGGACGAGCAGCGGAGGGGUGAGCUGCCAGCCUAUCGGACCAACUCAGAGGAGCAGUCAGUGGACCAGUUCUAUGCCAGUGCAGCCACCCUGGGUGCCCGCUACCCUGAGGUGGUGGCCCGUCCCACAACUGCCAUGGUGCGGAAGGUGCCGCCAGACCAAUACACACGCAGUGCCGUGGAGAUGGCCCCCACGCAGGUGACAGGCAUCAUGGGUUUGUCUGGCUACAACUGCAUCUGCUACCCGGGCUACCGCUGGCACACCCAGCGCAGGUUCUGCACAGAUGUGAACGAGUGUGAGGCGGAGCCUUGCGGCAUUGGCAAAGGCGUCUGCAUGAACACAGGCGGCUCCUACAACUGCCACUGCAACCGGGGGUACCAGCUGAAGGUGCACAAGGGCGUGCGCUCCUGCGUGGACAUCGACGAGUGCUCCAAGCCCCACAUCUGUGGGGAUGGGGGGACUUGUGCCAACUACCCUGGGCACUACAAGUGUGAAUGCUAUCCUGGCUACCGUCUCAAGCCUUCUCGCCAGCCCCUAUGCGAAGACAUUGAUGAGUGCAUGGACACCGGCACCUGCCCUGACGGGAAGUGUGAGAACCAGCUAGGCACCUACAAGUGCAGCCCCUGCCCGCCAGGCUUCCGGGGCCAGAAUGGGAUUUGCUAUGAUGUGGAUGAGUGUGCUGAGGAGACCCUGUGCAAACACGGCUGGUGCGAGAACCUGCCUGGCUCCUUCCGCUGCACCUGCGGGGAGGGAUUUACACCUGCAGCCAACGCCCGCAGCUGCCUGGAUGUGAAUGAGUGUGAGGAUGGGGGGCUUUGCCCCAACGGAGUCUGUGUCAACACACUGGGCUCCUUUAAGUGCCAGUGUCCCCCGGGCUUCCACUCAGUGAAGGACCGGCCACGCUGCGAAGACAUUAAUGAGUGUGACUUCCCGGCUGCCUGCAUUGGGGGCGAGUGUGUCAAUUCUGUGGGCUCCUACCGCUGCCUGUGCCAUGCCGGGUACAAGCUGGUGAACGGCAGGAAGUGCCAAGACAUCGAUGAAUGUGCUCUGGACCCCAGCUUGUGCCUGCCCCAUGGGGCAUGUGAGAACGUGGAUGGCUCCUACGUGUGCGUGUGCAAUGAGGGAUACUCCCCAUCUGAGGACCAGCACAGCUGUGAGGAUGUGGAGCCCCCCGAUAACAAGAAGGAAUGCUACCUGAACUUCGAUGACACCGUCUUCUGUGAUAGUGUCCUGGCCACCAACAUCACCCGCCAGGAGUGCUGCUGCUCAGUGGGUGCUGGCUGGGGAGACCACUGCGAGAUCUACCCCUGUCCCGUACCCAACUCAGCCGAGUUCCACUCUCUCUGCCCUGAUGGGAAAGGAUUCAUUCUGGACGACAAUAUACUGAACUAUGGCAUCCCUGCCCACCGAGACAUCGAUGAAUGCAGCCUGUUCAGGGAGGAGAUCUGCAAGGAGGGGAAGUGCGUGAACACACAGCCGGGCUACGAGUGCUACUGCAAACAAGGCUUCUACUACGAUGGCAACCUGCUCGAGUGUGUGGACGUAGAUGAGUGCUUGGACGAAUCGAACUGCGUGAAUGGGCUGUGCGAGAACACACGGGGGGCCUAUGUGUGCACCUGCCCCGCCCCUGCCGUCUACGACCCCAUACACAAGAAGUGCCUGGCACCCAGUGAGAUCGAUGUGGAUGAGUGCCGGGACCCUGGAGCCUGCCGGCACGGGCGUUGCAUCAACACACUGGGCUCCUUCUACUGUGAGUGCAGCCUGCCCUGGAUGCUGGAUCCCAGUGGCAAGGAAUGCCAGCUCCCCGACAUGCAGGCAGACCGGGCGGCUGACCGGCGCGACAUCUGCUGGCAGCACCGGGGGGAGGACAGCAUGUGCGCCUCCCCACUUAAUGGCUACCACCUGACCUACGAGGAGUGCUGCUGCCGCUACGGAAAAGGCUGGGGCUUCCAGUGCCGUGCAUGCCCCCCACGCAGCCCAGGGCAGCAGUGCCAGCCAUCUCAGAGCGAGAGCAACUCCUUCUGGGACCUCAGUCCCUUGUUCCUGGGCAAGCCCCGCAAAGAGGAUGACACCUCAGAGGAGGAUUCAGACGAAUGUCACUGUCUGAAUGGCCGCUGCAUCCGGACCUACCAUGGUGCAGUUUGCGAGUGCCCUGCCGGCUUCCAGCUAGAUGCUACACGUACCCGUUGCCUAGACAUCGAUGAGUGUCGGGAGCUGAACCAGCGAGGGCUGCUGUGCAAGAAUGAGCGCUGCAUCAACACCAAUGGCUCGUACCGCUGUGCCUGCAAGCCAGGCUUCGCCCGCUCCCGCCACCACGGGGGCAUGUGUAUCCCCCAGCGUCGCCGAUAGCCCUCUGUCACCUCCAGGGGUGCUGCCAGCUAAUGCAAGAGAGACACUUCUUUGCUAAUGGUUCACAUCCUGUUUUGGGGGGAACUUAAUAUUUUUAAUUGCUAAAAAUGGGGCAUUGUAUUGGGUGUUCCUCCCUCUGCAAGACUUUUUUAUUAGCAUUACCUUAGGGCUGCGUUUAUUUGCACUCAUUUCUGUAGGAGACAAAUAUAUAAAAACCAACAACCCUGUAAAUAACAAAAUGGAAGGUAAUGGAUUAAUUAAAUUGCAGGAGUAGAUCCUGG